GAGUCACUACCGGGCUGUCUGAGGAACCUCUGCGCAGCAGCUGGCGGUUGUGACAUGUGCUCACAGGAAGACUUCCAGGCCCAGAGGAGCCAGCUGGUGGCACUGUUGGUCUCAGGGUCCUUGGAGGGCUUUGAGAGCAUCUUAGACUGGCUGCUGUCUUGGGAUGUGCUCUCCAGGGAGGACUAUGAGGGCCUCAGCCUCCCUGGGCAACCUCUCUCCCAUUCUGCCAGGCGUCUGCUGGACACAGUCUGCAACAAGGGUGUUUGGGGCUGUCAGAAGCUCUUCGAAGCUGUGCAGGAGGCCCAGGCCAACAGUCACACCUUUGAACUGCAAGGGUGCUGGGACGUUCACUCCCUUCAUCCCACCAGAGACCUGCAGAGUCACCGGCCAGCAAUUGUACGGAGGCUCUGCAGCCAUGUAGAAGCCAUAUUGGAGCUGGCAAGGGAUGAGGGGUUUCUGAGCCAGUACGAAUGUGAGGAGAUCAGGUUGCCAAUCUUCACAUCAUCCCAGAGGGCAAGAAGACUGCUUGAUCUCGCCGCAGUGAAGGCAAAUGGACUGGCCGCCUUCCUUCUACAGCACGUCAGGAAAUUACCAGCCUCACUGUCUCUGCCUUACGAGGCUGCUGAGUGUCAGAAGUUCACUGCUAAGCUGAGGACCAUGGUGUCAGCUCAGUCUCGCUUCCUCAGUACUUACGAUGGGUCGGAGAAUCUUUGCCUGGAGGAUAUCUACACGGAGAACACCUUAGAGCUGCGGACAGAGGUGGGCACAGCGGGGGCCUUGCAGAAGAGCCCUGCCACCCUGGGCCUGGAGGAACUCUUUGGAACCCACGGCCACCUGAACAAAGACGCCGACACUAUACUGGUGGUGGGCGAAGCGGGCAGCGGCAAGAGCACCCUUCUGCAACGUUUGCACUUGUUGUGGGCAUCAGGGCAGAACUUCCGAGAGUUCCUCUUCAUUUUCCCAUUCAGCUGCCGGCAGCUGCAAUGCAUGACCAAACCUCUGUCCCUGAGGACACUGCUCUUUGAGCAUUGCUGUUGGCCUGAUGUCGGUCAGGAUGACGUCUUCCAGUUCCUCCUUGACCAUCCUGACCGUGUCCUGUUAACCUUUGAUGGCUUGGAUGAGUUCAAGUUCCGGUUCACAGACCGGGAGCGCCACUGCUCUCCGCUCGACCCCACGUCAGUCCAGACUCUGCUUUUCAACCUUCUUCAGGGGAACCUGCUGAAGAAUGCCUGCAAGGUACUGACCAGCCGUCCAGACGCCGUGUCAGCGCUCCUCAGAAAGUUCGUCCGGACAGAGUGCCACCUUAAGGGCUUCUCCGAAGAGGGCAUCAAACUGUACCUGAGAAAGCACCACCGGGAACCCGGGGUGGCAGACCGCCUCAUCCACCUGAUCCAAGCUACCUCAGCCCUGCACGGUUUGUGCCACCUCCCUGUCUUCUCAUGGAUGGUGUCCAGAUGUCACCGAGAGCUGUUGCUACAGAACAGGGGCUUCCCAACAACCAGCACGGACAUGUACCUCUUGAUCCUACAGCAUUUCCUGCUGCACGCCUCCCCUCCGGACUCCUUCCCCCUUGGUCUGGGACCUGGACUCCUCCAAAGCCGGCUCUCCACCCUCCUGCACCUUGGCCACCUGGCUCUCCAGGGCCUGGCCAUGAGCUGCUAUGUGUUCUCAGCCCAGCAGCUGCAGGCAGCACAGGUGGACUCUGAGGAUAUUUCUCUUGGUUUCCUGGUACGCGCCCAAAGUGUGGUGCCCGGGAGCAAGGCACCCCUGGAAUUCUUGCACAUUACCUUCCAGUGCUUUUUUGCCGCGUUCUACUUGGCUGUCAGUGCUGACACAUCGGCGGCCUCUCUCAAGCACCUCUUCAGCUGCGGCCGGCCGGGCAACUCACUGCUGCUAAGGCUGCUGCCCAACCUGUGUAUCCAGGGCUCCAGAGUCAAGGGCGGCCAAGCAGCUCUGCUGCAGAAGGCUGAGCCGCACAACCUGCAGAUCACAGCAGCCUUCCUAGCGGGUCUGUUGUCCCAGCAGCAUCGGGACCUGUUGGCUGCAUGCCAGGUCCCUGAGAGGGUGCUGCUCCAGCGUCAGGCCCGUGCCCGCUCCUGCCUGGCACACAGCCUCCGGGAGCACUUCCAUUCCAUCCCGCCGGCCGUGCCCGGUGAGACCAAGAGCAUGCAUGCUAUGCCCGGCUUCAUUUGGCUCAUCCGGAGCCUGUACGAGAUGCAGGAGGUGCAGUUGGCCCGGGAGGCUGUCCGUCGCUUGGACAUUGGGCACCUGAAGUUGACGUUUUGCAGGGUGGGCCCUGCAGAGUGCGCUGCCCUGGCCUUUGUGCUGCAGCAUCUGCAGCGGCCUGUGGCCCUGCAGUUGGACCACAACUCCGUUGGCGAUGUCGGAGUGGAACAGCUGCUGCCAUGCCUCGGCGUCUGCACAGCUCUGUACUUGCGAGAUAACAACAUCUCCGAUCGAGGUGCCCGCACGCUGGUUGAGUGUGCUCUUCGCUGUGAACAGCUGCAGAAGCUAGCUCUCUUCAACAACAAACUCACUGAUGGCUGUGCCUCCUCCGUGGCCAAGCUCCUUGCACACAAGCAGAACUUCCUAUCUCUGAGGGUGGGGAACAAUCACAUCACUGCUGCUGGGGCUGAGGUGCUGGCCCAGGGACUCAAGAGCAACACCUCCCUGCAGUUCCUGGGGUUCUGGGGCAACAGUGUAGGUGAUAAGGGCUCCCAAGCCCUGGCUGAAGUUGUGGCUGAUCACCAGAGGCUAAAGUGGCUCAGCCUGGUAGGAAACAACAUUGGCAGCGUGGGUGCCCACGCCCUAGCCCUGAUGCUGGAGAAGAACAAGUCACUAGAGGAGCUCUGCCUAGAGGAAAACCAUAUCUGUGACGAAGGGGUGUAUUCUCUUGCAGAAGGACUGAAGAGAAAUUCAACUUUGAAAUUCUUGAAACUGUCCAACAAUGGCAUUACCUACCGGGGCGCAGAAGCCCUCCUGCAGGCCCUUAACAGGAACAGCACUGUUCUGGAGGUUUGGCUCCGAGGGAACACAUUCUCUCCGGAGGAAGCCCAAACACUCAGUUCCAGUGAUGCCAGACUCCUGCUGUGACCUCUCAGCCUGUGAGUGGGCGAUGGAGGCCUGGACUCUGGAGGAUGCAUAACAUCAGGAUGUAUCCCUGUGUUACUCAGGGCUGGAUUUUGUUUUUCUGGGCUCAGUAUAGUCACCUUCGGCUAGCAGAGAAAGGCACCCCAGUGCCUUCUGGAAUUGACUUUUCCCAAGGAGGCAUGAUGGUUGGUCUUGGUUGUUAACUGAACUGACUUAAGAGACUCGUGAGAGGAGAGGACCCCCGUUUCUGCCUCUAGAGAGGAUCAUCAUGUAGGACUAGCAACUGGAAGGGGAAAGAUCCUCACUGCAUGUGGGUUAUGCAACCCUCCGCGUGCCCCACGGGGGAAGUUGAAGGAGGAGGAAGAAAGCGGGUUCGUGAGCUCCUCUUCUGAGUGAGGACAUUUAUGGCUGCUGCUGUCAUGUUUGAACACCAGACUCCAGUGUCGUUGGCGUUUCAACAUAGACCAGUGAUGGUUUAGGGAGUUUCAGGCCUGAAGCUUGAUGGAACUCUGGCUGGGGGAUCUGUCGUGCUUCUUCGGCUGGGCAGUUAGCAGGUUCUCUGCCCUUCCAGAUGGCCACUGUUGGACUACCCAGUCCGGGUGGUACUCCAAGCAUGGGAGAUGAGUUCAAGAAGAUCCCUCGGUUACUAUGUUGCUGGCUUCUGGCUGGGUGGCCAGGGUUCUGAUGGGGGUCAGUGGGACGCUUGGACAUUAACUGAGUGCCUGUUGUUGUGGAGACCUGGAUCCAUGUAGAAGACCCCUCCCUCCUCUUUUUUUAAGGAGGAGUAUUCAGGAAGCAGCUCUGUUCAUGUCUGAAUUCAGCUUACCCUCUAAGGCCGUCCCACUCCGUAACCCCCCACUCCCCCUGCAUGAGGCCUAAAGGGCCUCCACUCAGACAACCAACCUGAUACCCUGCUCUCUUUUCUCAACACAAACAACAGCCAUUUGCCCUCAGGAUGUUCUAGAUUUACAAGGAAAACUGGGACCACACUGCAGCCAGGAUCACACAUGACCUUUGGUUUCCAGUAACAUCAAUUACUCCAUGGCUAAGCCUUUGGAAUCAGUUCCUCCCCCAACUGCAGCUCUUUAGAAUUAAUCUGGGCCAGAAUUUCAAACAACCCCACCAGGCCCUGAGCCACUGCCUGUGAACUGAACUGUGAAUAUGGACUUCUGAAACAUAUUCAUGAAAGACAGCCCUUCUUAUUUAUGACAGAAUGCUUUAGGACAUAGAGUUGGUGGGGGGGGGCGGGUUUGGAGGUUUGGAGGGGACAAAGCCAAGCCUUUUCUUCUGAGCAAAGUCUUUUUGUGUUUUUUUUUUUUCAAAAUCUCACCUUUGUAAUUAUUUAAUUAUACACAUUUUUCUACCUUUCAUUUUAUUUUGUGCAAAAGUGGGUUAAUAUUUAUAAAUGACAUUGCUUUACUUUGAGUUGGUGCUUUUUACGGAGGAUGCGAUCAUGAACUUCCUGCUAUAAAUAAUCACAGAGGUGAAAGCUA